AUGCCCCCACGCCCCCACACCUCCACACCACCACACCCCAACGCCCCCACACCCCCACAGCUCCACACCACCACACCCCCACGCCCCCACUCCUCCACGCCCACACACCCCCACGCCCCCAUGCCUCCACACCCCCAUGCCCCCACGCCCCCACACCUCCACACCACCACAUCCCAACGCCUCCACACCCCCACGCCCCAACGCCUCCACACCCCUACACCCCCACACCCCCACACCUCCACGCCCCUACACCCCCAUGCCUCCACACCCCCACGCCUCCACACCCCCACGCCUCCACACCACCACACCCCAACGCCUCCACACCCCCACGCCCCAACGCCUCCACACCCCUACACCCCCACACCCCCACACCUCCACGCCCCUACACCCCCAUGCCCCCACGCCUCCACACCCCCACGCCUCCACACCCCCACGCCUCCACACCACCACACCCCAAUGCCUCCAUACCCCCAUGCCCCCACGUCUCCACACCGCAACGCCUCCACGCCCACUCGCCCCCACACCCCCACACCUCCACGCCCCACGCCCCUACACCCCCACACCUCCACGCCACACGCCCCUACACCCCCACGCCCCCACGCCUCCACACCCCCACUCCCCUACACCUCCACACCCCCACGCCUCCACACCCCCACGGAUAACGAAUGUGCAAAGUGUCCUAAACCCAAACCCAACGGCCAGUGUUGA